AGAGCAUCAGAGUCUCUGUGUUGUGUUGUGGGCUGAAGACCGGACUACCGACUCCACCCGACCUCAGAUACCAGAACCAUGGCCACCGCGAGCACCUCAGGGCAGAGCCGCAAGAAGAACCAGAGCCCCUGUCUCAUGGAUCAGAUUACCAACUUCUUUGGAGGAGACAAAAAGAAAAGGACCAAGGGCUCGUUCCGGGGUCACCUGUCCACCUCCCCGCAGCAGUCCGCCGCUCGCCGCCAGGCCAGUGAGAACGCCGUGGUGCAUUUCUUCAGGAGCUUUGUGUCCUCCUCUCCUCGUCCCAAAUCCUCCCGGUGGAGAGACGUCCUGAGCUUGGCCUCGUCGCCGCACGCCGCCGAGGGCGCCAAGUCGCCGGUCAGGAGACGCAAAGACCAGAGCACGCUGUCCAAGAUCUUCAACCUGGGUGAAACCAAGUCCCGUGCACCCCCAAAACGCUGGAGCACCAUCUUCUAAUCGCUCCUCCGAGGACGAGGCCGCGGAUCCGACGCCGACGGGGCGGCGAGGCGAAGGCGGGCGGCGAGCGGCGGACUCGCGACCUCCGAGAGGCGCUAACCCACUAACACAAGCCCGCCCGCGCGUUCGGACCGGGACUGUUUUUGAACGAGUGCGAAACCAAAUCCACUCUGCGGGGUUUCUGUGUUCCUAACCCGACUCCCACGGACAUCGCGUGUCUCGGUGUUCCCGAUGGUUUCUCCCGCUUUUAGUGACCCCCCCCCCACCCACGUUCAGUUUUUUCUUCGUCUCCCAUCGAGCUUAUUUUUUGUACACGAGUGGCGCUUUUUUGUGUGUCCCGCUGCAUUCUGGGAACUCCCAGCGUCCUAAUGCGAGGCCUAAAACGGAGAGAGCGUGUUGGAGUGGAACGUGUGUCGCAAACCAACUGGAAGCCUUUCUGGACUCUGUGAUGUCUUCAUGUUUUAAUGUUUUAAUGUGAUGUUUCAUUGUGCGUCAGUGUUUAUUAAUUAUGUACAGGAUGAUGUCAUUCAGAGAAGACGCCCUUUUGAAAUGCACUGUUCCCAUAACCAAACAACAAGUUCUCUUUUCUAUAUCUGUGUCUCGUGUUCGUGGGUCCGGUUUGUGGUUGUGAGUUAUCUGGUUGCGUCUUCAAUUUAAGUUUUGAGGUUUUUUAAUGUCCUUUGUGUUUGAAGAGACGACAGACGGCGGUUGGUUUGAUGGUCUGACAGAAAGUGGCUCAAAGGUUCAAAGGCAGAAGGUGGAAAUGAGGAGUACUGAAUGUUGCGUUCAAAUGUUCUGACGCGUAAUUGGUCGAUUUUCAUUGUAAUUGUUCGUGAUAAAUGACCACGCCCCUCUCCGUUUGUGCGUUCACAUUAACGGGAUGGUCAGUUCUACGUUUUCUAAAAACAUGUCGUGUCUUCUCUCGGCGAUUAAAUGUUUAAAAUCCG